CGCGCGCUUUGGUCACACUAUCCGACAACCAACAAUUGGAUUGUAUUUUAAAAAUAUUAAUUUAUUUAAUCUAAGCAUUAGUCAGCCACAACCGAGAAUUGUGACGAGGGGUCAAGGGUCAAUGUGCAGUCAGCCACCGAGGUUGACCCCAGAAAAGAAAAUACCAACAGCUGUUCUGCCGCUGGCAAUCCGGAUGCCAAACUGGCACACACGGGGAGCAGUAUGCGCCGCAACAACUACCCAUAUCAGCCCCUGAACCAGCAGCCAUCUGGAUCUAAUCCUCAUCCCGCCAGCCAUGAUUCCCUGGAGGCCGAAAAUGAACAGGCCGCAGAGGAGCUGAAGCAGAAGAUCGGAGCCCUCAAGUCCCUCACCAUCGAUAUCGGGAAUGAGGUGCGCUACCAGGACAAACUCCUGCGCGGAAUCGACGAUGACAUGGAUCGAACGAGUGGCUUUCUGGGCAACACGAUGACGCGGGUGGUGCGGUUGGCCAAACAGGGCGGUGGUGCCCGCCAGAUGUGCUACAUGUUUCUCUUCGUUCUCGUCGUCUUCUUCAUCCUCUGGCUGACCCUUAAGUUCAAGUAGUUGUUGCUAAUUUUAUUAAAUAUAUACCCACAAA